AUGGACUGGAAGUCGACGGAGCCGAGGUGCGAGCCUGGGUGUCGCCAGAACCAGCACCAGCGCCAACACCAGCACCGGCCUGGCCUGGCCUGGGCUGACCUGGAGAUGCUUGAUGAGAAGGCACGACCACCAGGUCUGCUAGCUGCAAAAGCAAAAGUCGCCCGAAAGCACUUGAUCAGUGCCUGGGUCGGUGAUUAUACGACACGACAUGGCGCGUGCUGGACCGUCUGUCAGCACCGUCCGGCCGUCCCCCUGGCCUCGCAGCUGCGCGACUUCGUCGAAGCGGCUUCCUCUGUUGGCCGCCUGCAGCUUGGCCUUGCACGCGAGGCGAACCACUGCAGGAGGACAAAAACGCAGCAGAGGCUGACGCCCACAUCGACGGCUCCGAAAGCCAUCGGCUCCGCCGGAUCCGGCAAGCCACCACCCAUCUCUCCACUUCCACUUGGAGGCUUCGGCAUUAUGGCCAACACCAAUGAUCGGCCCGCGCCUGUCAGGUUGGCCCUCGACUGCCACUGUGACCUGUCACAUUCCCCCCUCCCUGCUGGCCCUCAACUCGUGCAGUAG